GCUCGUGCCGUCCACUUUCCCAAGGAGCGCCGCAAAUCUGUGCAUUCUCUGUUGGUGCGGCAACGACGGCUCUUACGUCCGGAUUAUCCUGAGCCGCAGCAAUUCCUACUUUUGCUCGUAGAGCAAAAAAGACACUAACCUCUAUUCCGUGGAACCCACAAGCCACGUGACCAGCUCGGAUCAUGUGACUCCAGAGCCAGGCGGCAGAAGUGUGUUACCCUGGUAACUGUUGAGCCCCGCAGACCUUCCGGGAAAGCGCGGAAUUCAGAGACCGAGUGUUUCCAGUGUUGUAAAUACUUUGGAAUGUUUACUUUGGGAAGUGAAAAUUAUUGAUUAUGGCUCACUAUUCCAAAGAAGAGCUGGAUGAAGAGUUUGAAAAGUUCAUGAAACAGCUUUCAGAUGAUUCUUUUGAGAAUUCAAACAAAACACCUAGACAGCCUGAAAGAGAAGUGAAGAAGAAAGAUGCAUUGCCAUGGUGGAUAACUGAAGAUGAUUUUGAAGAUGGUGGACAGCUUGGAACAAAUGUAAGCUAUGUGAAAGCUAAGAAGACUUCUCAGCCUAUUAUGGGAAUAGAAGAAGAGUGUCCUGAAAGGAUUCAGUUUCUUCAGAGCAGUGGAACCUCUAUCUUAAGUAUUGACAGCUUAGAAACAAAUGAGAUCAUAGUUUCUGAACUCAAUCAUAGUGUUCUUGGAUUGGGAUUGGACACAUUAGAGGAACAAGAGGAAAAGGAGCAAUUUUUUGCCAGGCUUGAGGAAGGCUUAACAUCUUCCAUUGAUUAUUCAAGAUUAAAUAAGGAAUUGGAUUCUAAUGACUCCACACAAUUUAAAGCUUUACAUAGUAGUCAAGCUAAUGUAGAACUAACUGAAGAUAAACAUGAGAAUGAAUCGAAACAUGAACUAGCAGAAAAUUACAGUGAUGAUUUUGAAGAUGAGGAGGAUAUUGAUGCACCUUUGACCACUAAAGAAGAGACUAAUUCCAAAGAAAAUCCCAAAUCUGAAAAAAUACAUGUACCCAAACAGGAAGAAGAGAAAACUGGCAUGCUGGCUAACGUGGUACUGCUUGAUUCCUUAGACUCUGUUGCAGAGGUCAACCUUGAUGAACAGGACAGAGCAACUAAGCCAAAGUCCCUGCCAGAAAUGACUGAUAAUGAAAUGACAGGAACAGGUGUUUCUUAUGGACAAAGCAAUAGUGACAUUGAAGCUCUACAUCAGGCUUAUUGUCAGGUAGCCCAGUCUUUGGGAGAUACAGAUGAACAAAGGAUUGAGAGUAAUGCAUUGGAAAAUAUCAAGAGCUCAGUGAAAGAUUAUCCUCAAGAAAAUGAAGAGUCCUCUAAAAAUAUCUCUACUACAGAAUCUGAUCUGCCCACGGUAGAGGAGUUGAUGAAACCUAUCCGAAUAGAUUCUUUUGGUGUCAGUGGUUUUGAUUUACAACCUGUCAGCUAUAAGAAACUGGCUGGUAGUAAAGAAACUGAAUUUGUUAGCCCUAUACCCCUUAAGAGGAACCCAAAUAUUAUAUCUCAAGAACCACAAAAUGUAAACCAACUUUUUGACAAAAAUGAAGAGAAUGUGGUUUUACAAAAGACAACAAAUAAAGAUAGAGAAAAUAGCUGUCUAGGAGUAAAUGCUACGGAAGAACAUGUAGAUAAAAUGUACCUUGAUAUUUUGAGGAAAAAAAUAUCUGUUGGUCCUCCAUUAUUGCCUCCGGAUGACAAAGUAAAUAAAACUUUUAGAUCUCAACUCAGUUCUGGCGAAGAAGGGGCUAUAACUGGUAAACAUGAACCACACAAGAAGGCCAGAAGUGCACCUCCUGUACUUAAAAGAAAACCCCAGAGUGGAUUAUAUGCAUCAGUUAGGAGCUCAGGCUAUGGCAAACCCAGUUCACCAUUCAAAUCUUUUUCUACUCUUGAAAAGAAAACUUCAAAGGACAUUAUGAAAAGUAAAACUGUGAGACCCAUUCCUACUUCAAAUCAAGCUAGGAAAAAAGAAAUCUUAUCUGAAACAAAAGUCAUCAAGCCUGCAGCUCUGGGUAAACCAGCUCCCAAAAUUGAAAAUUGCCUGGCCUCCCCUAAGAAGGCUGAAGAUUCUACAGAAACUGAUUACGGUGUUCAGUUUCAGAAUGAUUCUUCAGGAUACUGUGGUGGGAACAAGGAGACAGAGUUACUUAUGUUUAAAAGAGUUCAGGAAGCAGAGGAAAAAUGGAGGGGUGCACAAGCCCUAAUUGAGCAAAUUAAAGUUACAUUCUCAGAAAAAGAGAGAGAGCUGGAAAAUAAGAUGGAAGAACUAAGGAGACAACAGGAAAAGGAACUCUUCAGACUAAAUCAAGAUAAUUAUAUUCUUCAAGCCAAGUUGAGUAGCUUUGAAGAAACAAACAAAAAGCAAAGAUGGUUACAUUUUGGAGAAACAGCUGAUCCUGUCACUGAAGAAAAAUUGAAGCAAAUUCAAAAAGAAAUACAAGAACAAGAGACACUUCUUCAAGGAUAUCAACAAGAAAAUGAACGAUUAUAUAGUCAAGUGAAAGAUCUGCAAGAACAAAAUAAGAAAAAUGAGGAGCGAAUGUUCAAGGAAAACCAGAGUUUAUUCAGCGAGUUAGCUUCCUUAAAAGAACAGAUGCACAAAAGUCGUUUCCUAUCUGAAAUAGUUGAAGAUUCAGAACCCACCAAAACCCAGAAUUUUACAGAUCUGUUAUCAGAGCUACGGAUGGCACAGAAAGAAAAAAACUGUUUAUUGGAAGACAUCAAAAGACUGAAGCAAGACAAACAAGCUCUUGAAGUAGACUUGGAAAAAAUGAAGAAAGAGAGAGACCAAGCCAAAGAUCAGAUUGCUUAUGCCACAGGUGAAAAAUUAUAUGAAAUAAAAAUUUUAGAAGAAACACAUAAACAAGAAAUCAGUCGCCUGCAAAAAAGAUUACAAUGGUAUGCUGAAAAUCAGGAACUUCUGGAUAAAGAUGCAUUUCGGCUUAAAGAAGCAAAUGAAGAAAUUGAGAAGCUCAAACUUGCGGUUGAGAAACUGAAAGCUGAAUCUGGAAAUCCAUGUAUUCAGCAGAAGAUACGUUUAAAAGAGAAAGCAGCUGAUGCCAAAAAAAUUCAAGACCUAGAGCGACAAGUUAAGGAAAUGGAAGGAAUUCUAAAGAGAAGAUAUCCCAAUUCUUUACCUGCUUUAAUACUGGCUGCAUCAGCAGCUGGUGAUACAGUAGAUAGAAAUACAGUGGACUUUAUGGAGAAAAGGAUAAAAAAACUAGAGGCUGAUUUGGAGGGCAAAGAUGAAGAAGCAAAGAAAAGCCUUCGUACCAUGGAACAACAGUUCCAGAAGAUGAAGAUCCAGUAUGAACAGAGACUAGAGGAGCAGGAGCAGCUACUUGCCUGCAAAUUGAAGGAAGCACCCCAGAACCAGCCUGACAGCUCCUCCAGGGUUGAAGCACUAGAGAAGGAGCUCGACGACAUCAAGGAAGCCCAUCAAAUCACUGUAAGAAACCUUGAAGCUGAAAUAGACAUUCUUAAACAUCAGAAUGCUGAAUUGGAACUCAAGAAAAGCGAUAAAGAUGGUAACGAUUUCCAGUCUAUAGAACUCCAGGUAGAACAGGCUCAUGCUAAAGCUAAACUGGUGCGACUCAACGAGGAGCUGGCUGCGAAGGGGAGAGAAAUACAAGACCUUUCAAAAACUGUGGAGAGGCUCCAGAAGGAGAGAAGGAUGAUGCUGUCUAAUCAGAACUCUAAGGGUAGAGAGGAAGUGACUGCAAAAAGGGGGAAGAAAGGUGGUUUGCAUUCAGGUAAAGGAAGUGCUAACGCAUUCCCUGGAACCCUGGAUGGCAAGCGUUACCAACCACACACUUUUACUGAUUCCCAUGUUUCAGAGGUUUUACAAGAAAACUGCAGAUUGAAAAAUGAACUGGAGAGAUUAAUUGUGGAGAGGAAUGAGCUGAAGAUGAAAUCUGAAGCAGCAGUGACCCAAUUUGAAAAUUCCAUGAAAAGGGUCAAGGAAGAUACUGCAGCACACAUUGCAUCUCUCAAAGCAUCUCAUCAGAGGGAAGUAGAGAAACUCCUUUGCCAAAAUGCAGUAGAAAAUUCUUCUUCCAAAGUAGCUGAACUAAAUCGUAAAAUAGCAACUCAAGAGGUACUUCUAAAACAUUUCCAAAAUCAAGUUAACGAACUGCAGGGUAAACAGGAGUCUCUGGUAGUUUCUCAAGUUCGAGAAGAAAUCUUACAGAAAGAGAUUACAAAACUCCUAGAAGAAUUACGAGAAGCCAGAGAAAACCAUACACCAGAAAUGAAACAUUUCAUGGGCUUAGAAAAGAAAAUUAAGCAGAUGGAAAUGAGACAUGAGCAAAGAGAGCAGGAACUUCAACAGAUAAUACAGCAAACACACCAAGUAGUAGAAACUGAGCAAAGCAAAGAAAUUGAGAAAUGGAAAAGACUUGCACAGUUGAAGAAUCGUGAGUUGGACAAGUUCCGCACAGAAUUAGACUCAAUAUUAGAUGUUCUUCGAGAACUGCACCGGCAGGGGGUGGUUGUGCCGGUUGCUUUUGCAGAGGAAGUGAAUGCAUCGGAGUAUUACUAGCAACUGGGAUUUUCUGUGACCUCAUGGAAAGGCCUGAUGAUGGAUGAUGAAUGGGAUCGUGCCACUGUCAGAAAAAGGCUUUUGAAAACUAAUGUUCCAGUAUGUUGCUAGAAAGCAAAUAGUACAAGAGCAACAUUUCAAAAUAAACUGCCCUAAACCAGUAAAAAAAAAAAAAAAAAAAAAAAAAAAGAGAGAGAGAAAAAACCCAUUAUGCUGUAUUUUACUGAAAAUCAUUAACCAGUCACAUUUUAAGUAACUUCUGGACAAGUCCCUUUAUGUCAGAGGAUUAGAACUAGGGAGAUGAGUUGUAAAAGGUCUAACUUAAAUUCUAGAUAUGAAAAGGAAAAAACUGCUCAUACUCCACCAUUUUUGACUAAGUGUGUAUUAAUCCUUGGUACCAGAAAAACAGCUCCUCUUUCUCAUGGAAACAUGGAGAAGAAUGUGAGCACAGUGGUUUGAACAGUCACAUCCACAGCCACCUGAGUGGCAGAGCUUCCACAGUAUUUGACAAGAAUUAUAACUUUGUACAGGCAGACAAACUCACUUGUGUUCUCCCAGAUUUCCACUUCUACCUCCGGGUGCCUCAUUUUCACACCUGAUAUAAAAGGUGCAAAACGUAUUUCACAUUUUAAGAGGGGAAUUUGAUUUAUUGUUUUAAUCUUUUACGCUCCAUGUCUUAAAUGCUAGUCCUUUUUUGUAAGUCUAAGAUUAUAAACAGAAUAUAACAUCUUUACUUUCUCUAUUUAAAAAGUAAUAUAUGUUCAUUAGAAAAAAGUAAAAACAUGCACAUAAGUAGUUGGAUUGUUAUUUUUUACAAUGCCCUUUUCCAAAAGCAGAUAAUAUAUGGAAUACUGAUAAUAUAUGGAAUUAGCUGUAGCCACCUAAUUUUCAAUUGUUUGGGCCCUGUGCUGUCCUAUAGAAGUAUAAUAUGAGCCACAUGUAAUUUUCAGUGUUCUUCUAGCAACAUUUAAAAAGAUAAAAAGAAAUGAAAUUAAUUUGGGUAAUUUAUGUAAUCAAUCUAAAUAUCAGUAUAAAAAUUGAGUUUUUACAUUUUUCCCCAUACUUCGUCUCCAAAAUCUAGUAUAUUUUACAUUUCAGCACAACUCAGUUUGGACUAGCCACAUCCCAAGUGCUCAAUUACCAUAUGCCAGUAAGUGCAAUUCUGAAAUAAUAAUUAAAGGGUGAAAUACUAUGUAAAAGAUGGGUAAAACAGAUCUUGGUGAAAUUAUGAGUAGCAAAUAUGAAAUGUGGAAAUUAAAUAUAAGGAAUGCAAGUAAAGUCAAUGUUCAACAUUUCUUAUGUCCUUAAGUUGGUAGAAAAAGCAUUAUUUAAAGGUAGCUAUUUUUUAUGUGAAAGAAUAUUAAGUUAUAAACUAUUUUGGUUAUU